AUGUUAUCAUUAAAUGUUGAUGCUUUCGAAGAUAAUCAGUUUUGGAUAACAGGGGAAGUUAAAAGUGUAGAAUGGAAAAAAAAUUGUCUUACAAUUGAUAGGUGUCUUCAACCAAGAUUCCAAAUAGCUUUUUUUGUUGCUGAAAACAGUAUUGCUAGUAGAGUUGAUUCUCCUAUCAUCGAAAGACUAAAUAUUAAAAAUAAAAUGCCAAUAAAUGCUUUUUUUGAAAAUGCAUCACCAAAUGAUUUAUCAGCUACAGCAUCAGUUUUUGGAGUUGAUUCAUUAUUUAAUGUUCCUGUUAUUUGUGAUAAAUCUAAUUAUAUUCAAUUAUUUCCAUCUUUGACAAUAGAUUCAGAGGCAAUGGAUGUUGUACUAGAAGGAAAUUGUUUUAGAGCAUUUAUUGAAAUUGAAAAACAUCAACAAAAAUGUCCCUGGUGUAUUGAAGAAAAAAAUCUUCCCAAAAAUGGAAAUGAUUCAUAUUUUUUUGAUUUUUUUUUAUUGUCACCAAAUCAACGAAUUUAUACAAUUGUACUAUUGUUUGUUGUUUUAAUAUUCCUUAUUCUUGCUAUAGUAUUAACAGUACUUCUUAUUAAUCAAAAAUCGUCAAAUUAUGAUGGACCAAGUAGGUAUCCUUAUGCACAUACAAAUACCCGAAGUACAUUAACAACAGGAACACCAACAUCAGAAUCUUCAGAUGUAACAAAUGGUAUUUUUUAUGAUGUAGAAAAUCUUCCAAUAAAAGGACAAAAAUUUACUGAUUUAAAUUUAUCUAAUUCAAUAAGGCCACCACCAGUAUCAACAAUACCUUCUUUGAGGACAAUUACUUCAGAUUAUCAUGAAUAUUCAUCUAUUACACCUAUAGAUAUUCAACAAUCCAAAUCAUCAUUUCUUAGUUCAUGGAAAAUAAAUCGACAAUCGAGGCAAAAUAAUUUUAUACCAAAAGAGUAUGCAUAUAUCUAA